ACAAGCUGCUGGAGAAGUCGGACCUGCACGCAGUGCUGGCCGACAAGCUGCAAGCGGAGAAAUAUGACGUGCAGAGCAGGCAUGAGAUCAGCCCAGGACACGAUGGCACAUGGAAUGAUGCUCAGCUGCAGGAACUGGCCCAGCUGAAGAUAAAGCAUCAAGAGGAGCUGACAGAGCUGCACAAGAAACGUGGCGAGUUGGCCCAAUCUGUAAUUGAUCUGAAUAACCAAAUGCAGCAGAAAGACAAAGAGAUGCAGAUGAAUGAAGCUAAGAUUGCAGAAUAUUUGCAAAAGAUCUCUGAGCUGGAAACAGAAUGCCAGGAAUUGCGUAGCAAGCUGCAAGACCUUGAGCGAGCUAAUCAGACACUGAAAGAUGAAUAUGAUGCUCUCCAGAUCACCUUCAACGCCCUGGAAGAAAAACUGAGGAAAACUACUGAGGAUAACCAGGAGCUGGUCUCACGUUGGAUGGCAGAGAAGGCCCAAGAAGCCAAUCGUUUGAAUGCAGAAAACGAAAAGGAUUCAAGGAGACGACAAGCCAGGCUGCAGAAGGAGCUGGCAGAAGCUGCCAAGGAGCCGCUGCCCGUUGAAACCAGGGAUGAUGAUAUCGAAGUACUCGCGGACGAAGCCUCUGACACCGCUGAGGAGACGUCCCCCGUGCGAGUUGUCACCCGCACGUCCAGUAAGCGACUCUCCCAGCCAGCUGGAGGCCUUCUGGACUCUAUCACUAAUAUCUUUGGUCUGUCUGAGUCUCCCCUUUUGGGACAUCCAUCUUCCGAUGCUGCCAGGAGACGCUCUUUGUCCUCGCUCCCUGCUCCGCAGGAUAACGCCGAGCCCCAUCCGGGUUCCAGUAAAGAAGUGAGGGUGCCCAAUACUGCCAUAUGUGUCUUUGACGCGCAUGACGGGGAGGUUAACGCGGUGCAGUUCAGCCCUGGCUCCCGGUUACUAGCAACAGGAGGCAUGGACCGGAGGGUUAAGCUUUGGGAAGUCCUGGGAGAUAGGUGUGAGCCCAAAGGUUCCCUCUCUGGUAGCAAUGCUGGGAUUACAAGCAUAGAAUUUGAUAGUGCUGGUUCUUACCUCUUAGCAGCUUCAAAUGAUUUUGCCAGCAGAAUCUGGACAGUUGAUGACAAUCGAUUACGGCACACCCUGACGGGCCACAGCGGGAAGGUUCUGUCGGCCAAGUUCUUGCUGGACAACGCGCGCAUCGUUUCGGGGAGUCACGACCGGACCCUCAAGCUGUGGGACCUCCGCAGCAAAGUUUGUAUAAAAACAGUGUUUGCAGGAUCUAGCUGCAAUGACAUCGUAUGUACUGAGCAAUGUGUAAUGAGUGGACAUUUUGAUAAGAAAAUUCGUUUCUGGGACAUCAGGACUGAAAGCAUAGUAAAAGAAAUAGAACUGUUUGGGAGGAUCACAGCUCUGGACCUGAACUCGGAGCGAACGCAGCUCUUGACCUGUUCCCGCGAUGAUCUGCUGAAGAUCAUUGACCUGCGGGUCAGCGUGGUCAAGCAGACGUUCAGUGCCCAAGGAUUUAAAUGUGGAUCUGACUGGACAAGAGUUGUGUUCAGCCCUGAUGGUAACUAUGUGGCUGCUGGCUCAGCUGAUGGGGCGCUCUACGUGUGGAACGUGCUCACGGGCAAGUUGGAGAGGACGCUGGCAAAGCAUCACAGUUCUCCUAUCAACGCCGUCGCGUGGUCUCCGGCGGGCGCCCACGUGGUCAGUGUGGACAAGGGAAGCAAGGCUGUGCUGUGGUCUGAAUUUUGACUGCACGGAGGGUGAAAGGCAGAGCAUCCAGCGCUCCAUGUGCGGUGCUGCUGGUCCGUGGCUGGACAGAACAGAGCCCCGAGCCCAGAUCCAUCGUGAGCGGGUAUUUAGCGAGCGCCUGGGCUUUGCUUCCUGAUGGGAAGCUCCAAAGCGAUGGAGAAGGAGCCUGAGUCAGACUUCCCGUGGCCCUAAGCGCACUGCGGCAUUCGGACUCAGCAAGGGAUUAGCUGAUCUGGACGGAGAAUGCUAUUUAGUCAUGCCUUUACAUGCAGUAUCUAUGCACUGAGCAGAGCUGAAGAUACUAGUGGGAUUCCUCACCAGACAGCUGUGCCAAAUAUCCUGUCACACACAUGUAUCUACAGCACUUCUAAGUUGGAAAUGUUGGGAAGAAGUUACCGUGUAUUCUGA